AUGGAGUGUUUGAAGAAGAAUAUGACUGUAUCCAGGAAAAGCAGCCUGUUGAAACUUACACCUUUUCUCGACGAAAAAGGACUACUGCGAGUAAAGGGACGACUGAUUCACUCAACUUUGCCGCCGGCAUCAAAACAUCCAGUUAUCCUUCCUGCGUCGGGAAGGUUAACGGAGCUUAUAAUACAAGAGGCUCACCACGACACUCUACAUGGUGGUGCACGAUUCACGUUGGCACACUUACGCCAGAAAUACUGGAUAAUUGGUGGGAAUCGAACGGUGAAGAAACAGCUGCGACAAUGUAUAAAAUGUCAUCGUUUUAAACCGCACCGCAAUGAACAAUUAAUGGCAGACUUGCCGAAAGAACGAGUCACUCCUACUAGACCGUUUACAAAUACUGGAGUAGACUUUACAGGUCAUGUAGACAUAAAGAUUAACAAAGGUCGAGGAGUUAAAACUUGUAAAGCUUACAUCGCUAUCUUCAUCUGUACGUUCACAAAGGCCGUCCAUUUGGAAUUAGUUUCUGAUUUGACCACACAGACUUUUCUCGCGGCCUUCAAGAGGAUGUGUGCACGAAGAGGAACUCCAAAACACAUGUUUUCGAACAAUGGCACGAACUUCGUGCGCAGCAAAUGGCAGCAACCACAGAAGGAUCCAGAAGAAGGAAACUUAGUCCUUAACAAUAAGGACGAAUACUUACCGCCUGGCAAAUGGGCUCUCGGUAGAGUGACGGAAGCCCAUCCUGGUAGCGACGAUAAAGUGCGAGUAGUCACAUUAAAAACUAAAAGGGGUCACUUGACACGACCGAUUACUAAACUUGUUCCGCUGCCCCUGAACGAAAACUUAAAACUACCGAAUCAGUACAAGAAUCGACAACAACUCCUAGUGCACCGACAUCCAUACCACGUAACACUCGAUCCUGCAAAGGGAGAACACAAUAUUCUCUACUUACAGUACUAUUGA